GCUUCAAGUUCACAACACUGCAGACAGCGGCAGCAGCCUGUCUGCGCUUAGGGUUCACUACACCACAGACAGGUGUGACUUCAUCUGAAUGAGGACUGAAUGAGAAUUACACAAACCAGCCUGUGUAGUUUAUCCUGAGCUCUGUGAGGUGUCAGCUGCCUCUCAGCCUUCUGUUCUACUCCACUCUCAGUCCAUUCAGAAGUUUAAAAUCUUUGUUGGCAACUUGAGAGAGCACUAUUCUGUUGGACCUCUUAUAUCUGUGAUGAUACAUUAGGGUAGCAUCUGCAUUGGAAUAGCAGCUAUGGAAAGAAGCAUGAAUUUUGACGAGAUUCUUUCCCAUAUCGGAGGCUUUGGCAAGUUCCAGAAGAUCUUGUAUGUGUGGAUUUGCCUCCCCCAGAUCCUGCUGGCAUUCCACAUGCUGAUAUCGGUCUUCACGGGGGCCGUCCCCCCUCAUCUCUGUCGCUCCAACAACACCACCUGGGCCUUGCCCGCCAGCUCAGACGCAUUCAACUUCAGCCUGGUGACGGGCCCAGACGGUGACCCUGGCCUGUCCUGCUCUGCCCCUGGGGGGGUCCCUAGCACCCCGCUAGCCCAGUUGAAUCACAGCACCGCCCUUGCCCUUAGCGAUGACCACGUCACCGGGGUUUGUCAAGGGGGGUGGGAAUUCAGCAAAGAAACCUUCCACAGCACCGUGGCAACUGAGUGGGAUCUGGUGUGUGAUAAUGCCAAUCUGAACAACAUUGGUUCCUCAAUCUACAUGUUUGGUCUUCUGGUCGGCGCCGUGCUGUUUGGUUCCUUAGCUGAUAAGUUUGGACGCAGGAACAUAAUCCUGGUUGGUCUGACUAUCCAGUCAACCUUUGGGGUUGGUGCUGCUUUUGCCCCAAAUUUCUACAUUUAUGUCUUUCUGCGCUUUGUGGUUGGAACCACUAUUUCAGCUGUCAUCAUGAACGCAUUUGUUUUAGGCACAGAGUGGACAGGAUCAAAGCACCGGAUGCUAGCUGGGAUCAUCACAGACUACUUCUUUGGGUUCGGCUACAUCACCCUGGCGGGCCUGGCCUACCUCAUCAGAGACUGGCGCAAGCUCCAGCUGGCCAUCUCAGCACCAGGCUUCCUCUUCAUCUUCUACAUCUGGGUCCUACCCAAGUCGGCUCGGUGGCUAUUGGCCAACCAGAGGAAUGAGGAGGCCAUGGAUCUGAUCAGGAAAGCUGCUCUGAUGAACGGCAAACCCCUGCAGGAGGACAUGGAGACAUGUCAGGGGUACAAUGAUAUGGUGAAGAUGGAGGAGAGGAAAAAGGACACAGUCAUUGACCUGGUCCGUACCCCAAAAAUGAGGAGGAAUUCAUGUAUCAUGUUUUACCUGUGGUUUGUCAACGUGCUGGUCUACUACGGCCUGUCUCUGAACAUCUCUGACUUUGGGAUGAACAUCUACCUGACCCAGCUGAUCUUUGGCCUGGUGGAGAUGCCUGCCAGGACCAUCACCCUAUUUACCCUGAACCGCUCCAGGAGGAUAUCCCAGCUAGCCUUCCUCGCUGUGGGAGGCCUGGCCUGCCUGCUAACCAUCUUCAUUCCUGAUGAUCUCUCCAUUAUUAGAACUGUCCUGGCUAUGGUGGGGAAGUUUGGAAUCACCGCCUCCUUGUCCAUCGUCUACAUCUACUCAGCAGAGGUCUUCCCUACUGUCAUAAGGCAGAGUGGAAUUGGUAUGGGCUCCAUGUGUGCCAGGGCAGGGGGAGUCCUGGCUCCCAUCAUCUACCUGCUGAGGGGUGUCAGUAAGAAUGCUCCCAUGGUGCUGUUUGGCCUGUGUACUCUGCUAGGUGCAGCCCUCACCCUGCUGCUGCCUGAGACAGCCCACCAGCCCCUGGCUGACACCAUUGAGGAUGUGGAGGGAUCCAGCAUGAGUGAGGAAUCAGAGGAAGGGAACAUGAAGCCAGCCCUCUAUGAGGAAUGUCCAACAAGGAACCCAGACAUCAUAAUCUGAAGAACCAGGAGUGGGACAAGGCACCAGUCCACUGAUACUUUGAGACCUGUGGUCCUGUCAUCUGGAGAACUUUUAAGGGAAAAUACCAUUCCUCCAAGGAACUCAACUGUGCAUUGUAAGAUAUCUGCUAAGAGUGUUAGAACAAAUGUGUAGCUUGUAAAGCUAUUUCCUAUUUUGUACAUAAGACAUUGAUGUCACUGAACUGACAUUUUAUACCGUUUUAUUUUAUAUUUAAACAUUUUUCUUUUGUUUUGAAAAUAUGUACUAUAUAUUGAUGUUUUAUAGUGACUAUCAGUUCACAUUUAGAUUGAUAAUGAAGUACAUUAGUAACAGUUUAUUUAUGCAUCAAAUAUCCAUUUAUCAGAUUCUGUAAAUACUGUCAAGGACACACCAUUGUUUGGUGCCAAUAGCCUUGUGCUCUUUUUAUCCACAUUUCUUUAAUGGUGCAUCCAUCUUCCUGAAACGGAACUCACUCCCAUCCUGUCCCUGUCUGUUAACUAGUAGGUCUUCCUGAAUGCCUGUCUUGUCUGACUAGGCACCCCUACAGUACUGUUCAUACCUAACAGGUUUACCUUAAGAUGUUAGCUCAGUUUCAGCCAACGAAUGCCGUACUGUUCAUCAUGCAUUGUGAUUUUGUAUAAAGUGACCACACUGUGAACGAGCAUAGAUAACAACUUUUGCAAACUAUCACACAUAUGCAAGAUGAAUAGCUAAAUAUUUUUUUUCUAUUUUAUAAUAGAAUUUUGUUUACUUGGUGGGUUCUGUAUUAGACAUUCCUAACUCUCAAUUUAGAAGUGAAUGUGUUUGAAGUUGAUGUUGGUCUGUGAUCAUGAUGAGUUUUUUAAAAGUGUGCACUCUCCAGAACAGCAGGCUAUAGGACAACUGCUCCACAGAAUGCUUGUUAGAAAAUCAUGCUGAUAUACUAGCCAUCUGCUGGCAGCCUCCUACCAGCCAGGUUGUGAAAACAGCCAUGGAAUCUCAAGUGCCCAUGUAACGGAGUUAAGAACGUUCUGUUCACUCCAUGGCAAACAUGAAAUGUCGGGGAUGGGAGCUAUAGAAUAAGAUAUUUUCCGGUGGAACGUUGUCAAGGAGGAUGGUGACGUGUGUUGCGAAGCAGAGGAUCACUGGUUCAAGCCCAGUAUGGGGCAGUCAGACACUGGAGGAAGCUAAGCUGUUAGCAGCACACUGACCCCCAGUACAGCCAGUGUCCGCUCCAAGAUUACCCAGUUAAAGGUUUCUAGGGUCAGCAGAUGAGCUGUGGUAUCUGUAAUCAGCCUUUACACAAGACAAAGAUGCCCUUAUACAAGACAAGGAUGCCCUUAUACAAGACAAAGAUGGAUGAACUGAAUGAUAAACAGUUAUGACAGUGUUACUCCAAGUUAGGAAGCCAUCUCUUCAAACAUGAAGUUUACAUUCCACAUUUACAUUACAUUAUUAACAUUUCAGCUGAAGGCUUUCAUUCUGAGUGCUUACAGUCAGUAUAUAAAGUACAUUAUAAACUGGGUGGUUCGAGCCCUGAAUGCUGAUUGUCUGACAGCCGUGGUAUAUCAGAUCGUAUACCAUGGGUAUGACAAAACAUUUUUACUGCUCUAAUUACAUUGGUAACCAGUUUAUAAUAGCAAUAAGGUACCUCAGGGGUUUGUGGUAUAUGGCCAAUAUAUCACGGCUAAGGGCUGUAUCCAGGCACUCCUCGAUGCAUCCUGCAUAUGAACAGCCCUAAGCCGUGGAAUAUUGGCCAUAUACCACACCCCCUCGUGCCUUAUUGCUUAACUGAACCGCAGCAGUAACACCAGAGAGACAGAUCCGAGUUUGAGAUCUUUCACAUCGGGUGGAGAAGAAUAGAAGACUGAUGUGAUGACAUGCUCUCUCUGUGGUACUUUGGGUGGAUCUUAUUAUUUUUAUGGCAGUGGAUGAUUUGACAGGCAUCAAUUGUUCCCCUGUCAUUGUAAGGCUUAGGAGAGCAAAGCCGCACAUUCUUGCUUUGGAUGAAUCACAGGGUUUGCCUUACGGUCAUGUAACCAAACGACUGUAAUAGGCCUAUAUGUUUAGUAAAAGUAGUCAACAGGAGUUCGAUGUGUUGUGUUAGUGAUCACUGCCACUCUCUGGAUGAAAGUGGUACUUGCUUCUUGUCUGACAUCUCUGACAUCUCUGUAUAUACGGUAAGUACUGUAAUGGGGCACAAGCAUGAUGACCACAGAGAUUGUGUUACAACAUGUGCAUUUCCUGAUUCUGUAGAAUCAGUACUUUUAUACAAAUGUAUAACAAAUUUACAAAAUCAAAGUAAAAUUGGGAAGUUAUCCAUGAUGUGAUAAAAAAUAUAUAUAUACUAACACAUUUCAUUUGUACAAUAUAGUUCUGUUUACACAA